AUGAAAACCUUCUCCAAGCACAUUGUUCAAGGAACUUGCAAAUCUCUGAAUAAUAAAUUUCAAAAAUCAUUAUCAUUCUUAACAGUUGACCGAAUUGCGGACUUAAGUCAAAGUGAAACGUUUCCACGUAACGUAAUUCACAUACCCAAAAAUGUAAGAUCGGCUGAUCCUCAAUUUCAUGUACCACGAACAGUUGAUGUACUCAUUGGUUCAGGAACCACUUUAUCUUUCUUAUACAUCGGGCAAAUUAACCUCUCACAUAAUGCCUGUGAUAUAAUCUUGCAAAAAACACAACUUGGCUGGGUCGUAGCGGGGGGAGUCAAUAAUGACAAUGACGUGCAACCUGUAUCUUGUCGAUUAACAGAUCUAUCAAGUCAAUUAACUAGAUUUUGGAUAAUUGAGGACGCAGGCCCAAAGAGCUUUAGAUCUCUGAACGACUAUCUAUGUGAAACUCAUUAUCACUGUCACACUACUCGUAAUACUGACAGACGCUACGUUGUUCAACUAACAUUCCGUGUUGAAAAUGUUGAAUUCGGAGAUUCAAAAACCCAAGCUUACAGACGAUUUUCUUCUUUCCAGAGGAGAUUAAAUGCUGAUGCGCAGCUUAAGACAGAAUAUUGUAAAGUUAUGCGAGAAUACAUCGAUCUUGGUCACAUGGUACAUGUCUCAGACAAUCAUGAACCUGGAUAUUAUAUGCCUCACGACCCGGUGAUUAAAGCUUUCAGCACCACCACCAAGGUGCGCGUCGUAUUUAACGCUUCUGCCAAAUCUGAUAAAGGUAUUUCUCUAAAUGAAGUCUUGUUGACCGGACCUACUAUCCAAGGCCAUCUCUUUACUAUUCUCUUACGUUUCUGA